AUGUCCCUGAGAGCCCAGCUCUGCAGGCUGGUGUUACUGUUCGCUGCCCUGCUGCUGUUGGUGGUAGAGGGAGUCAAACCUCAGAACAAGGGUCUUGGCCCCAAUGCAAGGAGACAGGAAAAAAAAGAGCCCCCCACAGACCAGAAUCAAGAGCAUUUUGAAGAACAUUUUGAGGUCUCCUCGAUGGGGGAGAUGUGGCAAGAGCUAGACAUGGCCCAGCAGGAGGACCAAGAGAUCCAGGAAAUGUCCCAGUCAGCAUCUGGGCAGACUCAUCUCUUCAACAUUGCCGUCUGCAUUAAUCUGGCCAGCAUUGUGGUUUUUUUAUGA